UUUUUGUCUUAUAGGCAAUUCUUAUGGAUAAUGUGUUACUCAACAUGGAUAUUACCUAAAAUUUUAAUUAUAAUUUGUGUUUUCUUCGCUUACCAUGGUAAUUCAACAAAUUUUGAUUUUUCUGAAAAGAAGAAAGAAUUAUAUCGAGAAAAAGUCAAGUCAAUGUUUUAUCAUGCGUAUAAUGGCUAUUUAAAUUAUGCAUACCCAAAGGACGAGCUAAGACCACUUUCUUGCACUGGGCAGGACACUUGGGGAAGUUAUAGCCUUACAUUGAUCGAUUCAUUGGAUACUCUUCUUAUAUUGGGUAAUCAAACAGAAUUUGCUAGAGCUUCUCAAAUUGUUCUUAACAAUAUGGAUUUGGAUAGAAAUAUAAAUAUUUCUGUUUUUGAGACAAAUAUUCGUGUCAUAGGUUUGAACUUAAAUACAUAUGUAUUUAUGUUUCCUGUGUAG